GGAACAACCGAUAAAGUUGACAUGUACAGUGCAGGUGUUUUGCUUUUUGAGUUGCUAUAUCAUUUCACCACUGAAACUGAGAGGCAAGCUGCUAUAGGGAAGCUGAAAAAAGCACCCGAAGAGGAAAAGUUACCUCAAGAUUGGCAGUACCCAGCAUAUACUGAUUUGUUGUUCAAGUUGGUCAAGGAAGAACCAACUGAGCGUCCCUCCGCUACUGAGGUUUCACAACAACUUUCUCCGAGGUAGGUGGCUGCCUCAAGAAUCACAUGCCUUGCUCUGAUGAUAAUGAUGGUGGUGGUUUUGGCAGGUUUCUCUCAACAAAUAAGGAAUAAGGUUUUUUAGAAAAUAAAACGGAAGUCUGUUCAAAACAUGUAUUUUGGAUAUCGACUUUGUAACAAACAUGUCUUUUAUGUUUUGUUUUGUAACAAAUAAUUGUGCCGCAGCUGAGGAUGUGGACUAGUUUCUGAA